CGCGACGCGUCUAUCGUCCAGUAUUAGAGUUGCGAUGGUGAACCCGAAAAUCGACGCUGUCCAGGACUUGGAUACAUCGGAUGCACGAUGGAUUUCGUUGAAGAAACUCACCUAUACGGAUCAGGAUGGGAAGCAGAGACCUUGGGAGAUGGCGACCAGACGCACCCGAUCGACCAGUGGAAUUGACGCUGUUGCUAUUUUGACGAUACUCAAGUCAAAGAAGAACACAUUCCCCCCUUCAACCGUCGUCAUUGAGCAGUAUCGUCCACCGAUUGACAAAUACGUUGUUGAACUACCUGCCGGCCUCAUAGAUGAGGGAGAAACGCCGGAACAGGCGGCAAUCCGUGAACUGAAAGAAGAAACAGGAUACCAGUCCGACACCAUCGUUGAGUCGUCGCCUGUCAUCGUCAGCGACCCUGGCAUGACCAAUGCCAACAUGAAGCUCGUCACCAUCUCAGUUACCCUUGAAGAUGAACUUUUGACGCCCAAACCUUCACUCGAGGUUGGGGAGCACAUUGUGACAAAAGUGAUUGCAUUGUCCGAGUUGCACCAAAAGUUAUUGGAAUAUGAUCAGAAGGUAUGUCUGCAUGAUGUAUAUAUGUGA